AUGACAGAACUCGUCGAACAUAGAGUUUGUGAAGAUAGAAUCAGUUCUUUGCCUGACGAUCUUCUCGUAAAGAUUUUAUUGUGCGUUCCUACGAAAGAUGCAGCGGCCACCACGUUUUUGUCCAAACGAUGGCGGUUUGUCUGGAGGAUGUUACCUAGACUUAAUUACAUAGAAACCACUAGUGACGUAAAAAGCAAUACUGUUUGGUGGUUUCUUGAAGAGUCAUUCCGUUUUCACAAGGCACCUUUGUUAGAACGUUUGUGGAUCGACCUCGGUCCACAAUGUCCUAUUAAUGUUAAUCCUGUAAAGUGGGUUGCAAAAGCACGUGCCCCACCUGCCUCCAACGUGGGUCCGCCACUGCUUGAUACUCGUGUGCGUUGGCUAACUUUCAGGCUCCUUUGGAAAGGAGAGCCGAUCAGAAUGCCUAAGAGCUUUUACUUUUGCAAAACGCUUGAGAGAUUGACUCUCUCCGACAAGAUUCUUGUGGAUGUUCCUUGUCAAGUCUCUCUCCCAUCACUUAGAGAACUUGAUCUCUUCUGUGUUGUGUACAAAGACGAAGAUUCUCAUGUUAAGCUUCUAUCAAGUUGUCCCGUUCUCAAGCAUCUAAAGGUGACUCGAAAUAGACGUGUGGAAGAUAAUGUGAGAACGUUUAGGGUUGAAGUGCCUUCUUUAUUGAGAUUAGACUACAAAGCAGGUAUGAUGUUUCGAGAAGACAGUGAUAUGUCUGAUCCGUUUUUGGUUACAGACACUCCGAAUUUAUUGUCUCUUCACAUCUUUGAUACUGUGGGAUACUCUCUCUCAGUUUGGUACAUGCCCCAUCUUGUCACAGUAGUUACUGAUGAGCUGUUCCCUAGUGAAAAAUUUAUGAGGCCUCUCUCUUCGGUCAAGUAUCUUGCGCUAUCUCCGUUCGAUACAAUGGUUCCGUGGUGUGACGCAGUUAAUAACUACUCUCGACUUGUUGAAUGUAUGAUACAUCUAUCUGAGUAUGACUUGUUGGAAUCACUUUUGGUUUUGCUCUCUAAGUGUUCUAAGCUUAAAGUUUUUCUGGUCGACUCCGACAUUCCGAGAUGGAAUCAUGACCCAGCUUUAUGGAAUCAACCGAGUUCUAUUCCAAGAUGUUUGUCGUCGCAUCUCGAGAUCUUUGAGUGGGACGGAUAUGUUGGAAGAGAAGAUGAGAAAAAAAUCAUAAGGUACAUUCUAGAAAACUCCAAAUAUUUAAAAACAGCGGGAAUCUCACCGAAUUCAACCUUCAGUGGUGAAGAGAAACAGAAGAUGGAGGAGUUAGAAUCAAUGCAUAGGACUCCAACGUCUGUGCUUCUGUCCUCUGCUCGAAUGUCAUUUAGAUAUUAG